AUGGAAGACCACGUUCUGUGCAUUCGGCUCACUUUCAAAUUUUUGAAAUUUGUUGCCUUCUGGCGAGACGAAAACGAAACGCGUUUGUACCAAUGUUUCCGCGUAGUGUUUUUUGUGAUUUUCUUUCUACUGUACCUGGGGACAAUUUUAGCAGGAUUGCUAGUCACCAACACGAUUGAUCAGUUUUUUUCCGAGGCAUUGUACAUAUCACUAACGGAAAUUUCCAUGGCCGUUAAAGCGUACAGUUUGUUCAAACAUUUUUACACUGUUUUACAACUACAUCAAUUAGCAGUUUCGAAAGAGUUCCAAUCGAUCGGUGAAGAAGAAUUACACCUGGUUCGCGUUUUACUGUGGAGAUUCAACACUUGUUACACGAUAUUCCAGGCAUUGGUUCUGACGAUAAACGUGUCAGCCAUAUCGCUUCUUUUUGACGGGCAGUACAAAUUGCCCUACUUUUCUUGGAUCUGGGGCUUACCCUACGGAGUUGACGCACCAUACACCUAUUUAUUUAUAUGGUUUUAUCAAGUUUUUGGAAUGUGCAUUCACGGUAUUUUAGCCAUAGCUGUUGAAUCGCAAGCAUCAUAUCUUCUAACGGUAGCCGGAGCUCAACUAGAUUUCCUCUCACGAAGAUUUUCACAAUUAACUUGCUCUCAUGGAUCGACUGAUGAAAAUUCGAAACAUCGCAAGUCGUUCAUCCAGUUUGUGCAACACUAUAAUAAAGUAUACUGGUUUGUUCGGGAUACUGAAGAUGUUUAUUCAAAACCGAUGUUUGCUCAAUUUUGUGCUAGCGCCAUAAGCUUGUGCGCCACAGCUUACCGAUUGUCUCUGGUACAUGUGAAAGAUUUUUCAUUGGUUAUCGCAUCGUCGCUUUAUUUGUGCGCGUUAUUAUAUCAAAUAUUCCUCCAAUGUUACUUCAGCAACGAGGUAACAUUGAAAAGCGAUCGUCUGACCCAUGCGUUGUAUUCUUCUGAGUGGUACAAUUUAAUCCCUCGAAACAGCAAAGAGGUUGAGAUGAUGAUGAUCCGCACCCAACAACCAAUCCGUGUCAAGGCUGGUGGGAUAAUUUACUGCGAUUUGAAAUCUUUAAUGUCGGUAUGGACUCGAAAUGCUUUCAGACUCUGA